CUUACUCUAGUUUCACAACGUCCCACUGGAACAUGGAACGGGGUUUUGAGGCUAACCAUUAAAGUGUUAAGGUCUACAAAACUACUUUAUAAUAGGUAAUGAUGCAAUGAAAAAUAAUUGUGAUGUUUUUGUCACUAUGCGUGCACUAUCUUAUUGCAUGUUUUGCAUAAUUCGUAGAUAAUUAUAAUUAAUGUCUCACCUUUCGUAUCUUAUCCUGACCUGAGAGCUAAGACGGAUAUAAGAGUUACUAUUUAAUUCCAAGACCUGCAUUCAAUUAUAACAAUUAUUAAAUCUUAGUCGUAUUAUUUACUUUGUGUCAAAAUAACUGUAAUUACAUAGUAAAUAAUGGUAGAUGAACAGCGUGGAUAUGUUGUGUACGUCGAAUUGGCGCCUAACAUUCUAGUUCCUAAAGAAUGGCCUAUUCGCGGCAUAGAAACAUUUCUUUUGCAAGUAAUUGAAAAAUUAAUAAAUCAUAGCCAGCAUGCGAGCCCCAUUCUCCAAGUGACCAAUAUACCAGCCCGGUUGGUCAAACGUGAAACCAUAAAAGGGAUCUGUUAUAUAUUUAAGACAGUGUCCAACGAACAAACAAUUGGUGCUUAUAUUUACGAAAUAGUGAUCCCUGAGGAUAGAAGUAACAACACGGUUGAAAUAAUCAGCGGAAGUGGUUACCAUGACGUACUGGAGCUAGGCAACAGAGGCCCAAGUAUCCAAUCUAAGAAAGUUGCCUGCCAUCUACGGCCUCAAUUACUCGAAAUGACCUUACAAGAACACAAAUACAGAUUUUGUGAUGAUAAGCCGGACCAAUGAGGCUCCUGCAGCCGCGUGACCGGAUGACACCAUGAUAGAAAGACCUAUGACGAACUCUACUCAAGGCUGAUCAACAACCAUCAUAAGCCCGAAUCUACAUGAACUAACAGCCCAACGAAUUGGAAAAUGAUUUGGAUGUUCCAUUUCUGUUU